GACGCGGCCCCCGCCCAGCGGCACGGUGAGGGGCCGCCCCAGGGCCGUGCGGGGGCCGUGCGCGCCCCCUUCCCGCGGCCGGGAGGGGCUCCCGGGCAGCCCGGCCGGCCCCACGGCGCUGGGUGCCGGAGGUAGCGCCGCGCAGCCUGUGCUGACGGAGCGACCGCCGGCGGCUCCCCCGGCUCCUGCGGCGCUGCCCCGGCCCACGCGGGGCCCCGGCGCCGCUCGCCCCCGGCCGGCCAGGGUCGCCAGAACGGCGCUGGCGCUUCUGCUCGGCGCGCCCUGCGGAGCCGCCGCCGUUUUCUGGAUGCGGGCGCAGGGGCGGCUCGGGGAGACGCCGUACGGCAGCGGGCGGGCAGCGCCGCCGCGGGGCACCGCCGUGAGGGGCGAGCUGCGCCUGGGGCCGGAUGUUGACCUGAAAGCAUGUCAGGAAGCUUUGGAUCACUGCUGUCCACGCCAAGGAGAUGAUCAGCUGGAACUGCAAGAGAAGGAGGAAGAAGACAUAAAUCAAAGAAACCACAACCAUCUAUAUUCCCUUCUAGAGGGCUAUUUACAGCUUCUGUCAUCGCAGAUGGAAAACUUGCUAGAGGUGGGUUUACUGAAAGAUAUGCAAGUUGCUACUUCUAGUAGAAGCCAAGACCCAUCAUCCUCACACCACAAUAUAAGUUUCAUCCAGACACAUCACCAGUGUUUCAGUCCUCGUGAUGCCACGAUACUAAGUACAGACUACCCCACUCAAUCAAAUUCAGAAACACAUUUACAAAGGCAAGAGUCUUUUCCUCAGUCAACCACUAAUAUCACAAAUCCAGAAUCAUUACUUCAUGGGUCGGAUCUGACAGGGCUGUUUUCAGUUGAUGACAUCAGAAACCUAAUAGCCCCUGAUGGUAAUUUUGAUGAAAUUAAAUUCAUGGUUUUGGCUUUGGAGGAAGGCUUUCAUCCUAGAGAAGUUUCUCAGCUCUUUGAAGAAGCUGGCUCAGAUUCAGGACUGUCUUUGAAUUCGAAUCAUAGCACCACCUCUUACUCAGUCUGUAGUGAAGGUGCUUUUGGGUACAGCAGUGAUGUUAAAUCUGCUUCUUCACAUGGCUUAGGAGCUGUUGGUAGCCAUUGCCAAGAACACACUAAAUAUGGCCACGUGGAAUAUCCAGGUGAUUCAGAGUGUUCUAGAGAAGCGACACUUGAGCAGUUUCUUCAUACCCACACUUAUAAUCAGCUGCCAGGUCAACCAGCAUCCACUCCAGAGCAUCAUCAACAGAUGCAGAUGAAGAAACCAAACAAAGUAAAGGGUAAGUGCCCCAAUUCUACUGAUACAAACCCUAGCAGCGAUGAAUGCCAUGCAGAAGCUCUGAGAAUACCGUUUUCAGAUGAUGAAAUUGUGAGCAUGCCUAUGGACUCUUUCAAAACCUUGCUAGCAAAGAACCACCUGACAGAUACUCAGGUAUUACUUCUACGUGACAUCAGACGAAGAGGAAAAAACAAGGUCGCAGUUCAAAAUUGUCGUAAACGCAAACUGAAUGCAAUUCUUAGCUUGGAAGAAGAUGUGUGUAACCUUCAGACACAAAAGGAAAGCCUUAAAAAGGAGCACUCUCAGUGCAGCAGAUCAAUCAGGCAGAUGAAGCAAAAAUUAAACAACUUGUACCGUGACAUUUUCAGUAGAUUGAGGGACGACCAGGGUAGACCUGUUAACCCACGCCAAUAUGUCAUUUGUUGCCAUAGUGAUAGCAGUGUUUUCAUAAUGCCCAAACACUUUGUCACAUCAAAACAGAAACAAGACAACAAAAAAGAGCAGAAACAAAAAUAAGAUGGCUGAAGAUCUAUUAGGUUUUAUUUUCCUGAAAGCAUAACAAUAUUUACGUGAAGACCGGAGGUCAUUGACUACAAUAAUACACGCAGAAAAGACUACAUUUGAGAAGACUGGAUGUUCAAGGGUCUGGCAAACCCAACUGACUGAUCUGUUAGAAGGGCUGCCAGCUGAGGCUUCCAGAAUGAUGAAAUCUGUUUUAAUUAGAAUUAAAGGAGCUAGGCCAUUGGUGUAAGCGUAGUUAUAUAGACCUGUGUAAAACUAGGAAUUCUGGUGAUGGGGGAAGGAGGAGAGCAUUAAUGGGGAAAAAAAGCAAGCUUUAGAUCAAAGAUACACGUAGAAGAAAAAUGUGGUUUCAGUACCUGAUUCUUCAUACACAAAGUGACCUUAUUUUAUUCUUUUUUAGCACUGAAAGAAAAACUGUAGCUCAAUUUAAUCUUCACCUUAAAUUCACUGUGGGUUUAUGUAUUCCUAAGAGAUACUCUGUGCUUUGCAUUUGUUCAGAGCUGUUCUGCUUUUCCUAGUUUCCCUUUG